CGUUACACGCUGAGCCGUGCUGGCCCAGCCCUUUUCUGGCGGGCGGGGAGGCGCCUCUUGCCGGCGCAGCCAUGGCUCACGCAAACCCCGUGCCUAAACUCUACAGAUCUAUUAUUGAAGAUGUGAUUGAAGGUGUCUGGGAACUCUUUGCAGAAGAAGGUGUGGAGGAACAGGUCUUGAAAGACUUGAAGCAGGCUUGGGAAGCUAAGGUGACUCAGUCUAAAGCGACAGAAGGCUUCUUCAAACAUAGCCACUAUUCACCCCAGUUCACCUUGCAGCUGCCACACAACUUACAUCGCACACUACAGACAUCAACAGCUUCUUUAGUCAUCCCUGCUGGCAGAGGUAUUCAGCAAUUCACAACAGCAGACCUGGAUGCUUCACGAACCAGUGCAACUUUGACUCUCCCUUCGGGUAUCACUUAUCCUAUCCAUGUACCUGCUGGAGUAACGCUACAGACUGCAUCUGGGCACCUCUAUAAGGUAAAUAUGCCUGUUAUGGUUACACAGGCCCCAGGAGGUACAAGUAUUCUGCAACAUCCUAUUCAGCAAAUAUUUCAGCAGCUUGGGCAGCCUUCAGUACUGCAGGCCAGUAUUGCCACUGUUGCACAGGUGAAUGCGUCUUCUGUUCAGGCAACUGCUGAAAGGCUACAAACCCAGGAAGCCCCACUCCAGCAGCCCACUGUACUACAACAAAGGGGAGUGGAAGCAAAACACUCAGAAAACUCUGCAAAUGCUACUCUAUUACAGCAACCUACUAGGAGUCAGCAGCAAGUUACAACUAGUACAGUUUUAAAUCAUCAGGCAAACUCAACAGAAAAAUUCCAAUAUGCCAACCUUCAAACAGCUGUGUUUACUUCAAAGUCCUCUGAAAUGGAUUCUACCACUGAACCAAUGGCAAGUGGUUCAUUCAGCAUAACUCGGAGUGUGCAAGACCAAUUAUCCACAGAGCUUCAAGAUUCAGUGCAGCAACAGGUGUCUGAUGAUAUCAUUGAGAUUAUUCUGGGUAAUGGCUUGGAUGCUAGUACCCUUCUAAAAGAGCAGGACAGCAUUUCUGUCACUGAAGAGAUGGAACCUACUGUACUGAUGGAAUCUGACAUACGGACAGAAAAGGAUAUCUGCAGUGACAUUGAAGGGAUCAUUCAGCUAGAUGGAAUUGAUGAUGUUUUUCCUAAGGAGGAAAUAGAAAGUACAAGAGAUAUAGAAGAAAAUGAAUUUAUUGGUAUUAUUGAUGCAGAGGAUCUGAAAGUGUUGGAGGAGGAGGAAGAUGAAGAAGGUGACAGUAUUUCAAAUGCUGAAUCCAGCGGUAGCAGUGAUACUGAAGAGCCCCAAAUAGACAUAAUUGAGGAGGAUCCUUUAAAUUCCAGUGAUGAUGUCAGUGAGCAGGACACACCAGACUUGUUUGACACAGAUAACGUUAUAGUUUGUCAGUAUGACAAGAUUCAUCGAAGUAAGAACAAAUGGAAGUUCUAUUUGAAAGAUGGAGUAAUGUGCUUCGGGGGUAAAGAUUAUGUGUUCGCAAAAGCCAUUGGAGAUGCGGAGUGGUAAAUCCUCACUGGAUAAGUGAAGUAUAAUUUUUUUUAUUACAAAAUGUUAUAUAACCUUCAGUGAAGAGCUUCUGAACUUGCUAUGUUUUGCAAUUUAAAAAAUGAAAAUGAAACUGCAUUUGUUAAAUAAAAUAUAUGAAAUUGAAAAUUAGUUUUGUUUCUAAUAAAUGAAAAUUAAGACUGUUUUAUGUUCACUGUUCUUCUGUUUGUUUUCUGAUUUAUAUUGUUACCUUUUUACUAAAAGAAGUAUAAUCAGAAUGAAUAGCUUUAAUUAACAACUAGUGUGUUGGAUCUGUAAACGGAAUAACAAGUAGCUACAUUUAUGUAACUUCAACUCCUUUUUUCUUGAUAAGUUAAAAUGCAAUGAUUUUUACAGUGUUAGGCAACAUAAUUCUUAGUGAUUUAUGUUAAAAGAAAUAAGAUUGUGAAAUUCACAGAUAUUACAGUGAAGUUUAUUUUGUUAAAAGAUGCUGAUGUGUUUUAGCUAUACCUUUCUCCCCCGCUCCCCCCUUGCAUAUGAUCCUUCUGGUGAAGUGUGUAUCGUCUGCCUUUAGUCUGAAGCUAUCAGUGCAACUCAGAAUAUAUGGAUAGAGGAUCCUUGAGUUAACAAGACUUCAGCAUUGUUUUCAGUUGUUGCAUUUUCUUCAAAUAUGAUAUGUACUGAGGAGCAAUAAAUAGUCUCAUUUAAAAAAAAGUACCUUAUUGUCAUAGUGUGUACUAAGCCAUUUAACUUUGCUUCUGUACACACUCAUUACAUUCUGAAUACACUAAUAAACUGUGAGUGAUAUAAACUGA